AUGAAUCGCUUACCGUCAGUCUCCAGCCUCAUGUCUCCGCCAGAGACGAAGCCGCUGGAAAACUUCAAUUCUGCGUAUUCGCAGUAUCCCGCCUCGCACGAUCCCGUCAAAUUGCCACCCAUUUCAGACGAGCGAAAGCGAUCCUCCCAGGUUGACUUGCCCUCGCCACCCGUGACUCCCUACGCAGGCAACAAGAAGAGAAAGUCCAACCACGAACCACUCGACAGCGAAUCCGGCAAUCUUUCGUCUAGGGACCCCGUGCUCUUUCCUCGCGACUCGUUUGUCGAAGUUGCCAACGAUGAACCCCUCUUCGGUCCGGUCCCCGCUCUGAUCGACCAGCACAUCAACUCUCACAUGGCCCGCUUCCAGAACAAACUCAACAAGCCCACCCGAGAGGAAUAUGUCCUGGCCCUGUCGUGCGUCCCCAUCGUGUCGUCGCAAUUCAAUCGAAACCCUUUCGCCUACGCCAAGAGGGAGAAAGACUUUCUGGAUCGCCAGUGGGCAAUGAUUCGCCCAGAUGUUCGAUCGCCGAAUCUCAAACGCCUCGCUCCUGCUCCGUCCAAGAAGACCGCCAACGGCCAAUCUCGCGCCGCACGAGCCCCAAGGCCUAAGCGAACCCCGAAAUCCACCCCGACACAGCGCAUCCUAGACGAUUUCAACGGCAUGCCGUCGCCAAUGAAGGCGUCGAAGCCAUUGGGCACCAAUAGAGAUGACACCGAUUAUAAGUCGCUGAAGGACUACUCGCCGUCCGUCCACACCCUCGCAGGCAACACAAAGGGGCUGAAAGCAGACUGGAAGGGCCAGGGGCUCGAUCUUAGCAACGAUCCAGACCGACACGGCCUUGAUCCAGCAGAAAUCUCUCUGGCAUCCACUUUACGAUUGUCGUGUGCCACAUAUCUUUGCAGCAAGAGGCGCAUCUUCGAAGCACGUGUCAAGGCCCUCAGCAUCGGGAAGGAGUUUCGAAAGACCGACGCCCAGCAGGCUUGCAAAAUCGAUGUCAACAAAGCGAGCAAGCUGUGGACGGCUUAUGACCGCGUGGGUUGGUUCAAACCCGAGCAUUUCAAGCAGUUCCUGGGCGACUUUUGA